AUGUUUAUUCUCUCCGUCGCUGCGACAAGUCGUAUGACAGCGCCUUCCGGUGCGAUUGUCGUCGCAAAAUCAGGUGGAACGUACACUACUAUUACUGAAGCAGUUGACUCACUCAGCGCGACAACUACUUCAACACAGAUCAUUUUUAUCGAAGAGGGAACCUACAAUGAGCAAGUUUACAUUCCCAGUCUUGUUGGCGAACUUAUCAUUUACGGCCAGACGAAAGACACGAGUGACUAUGCGUCCAACCUUGUCAUUGUUACGAAUGAUAUCGGCCUGUCCAGUGUUGAUGACGACGAUGAAACGGCUACUCUCCGCAAUUACGCCGAGAACUCGAAAAUUUACAAUAUCAACGUAGCCAACACUCAUGGUAAAGGCGAGCAAGCUCUAGCUUUGAGCGCGUACGCCACCAACCAAGGAUACUAUGCCUGCCAGUUUACGGGCUAUCAAGAUACUGUACUCGCUGAAAUCGGCAAUCAGAUUUACGCCAAAUGUUUGAUCGAGGGCGCUGUUGACUUCAUAUUUGGACAACACGCUACAGCUUGGUUCGACGACUGUGAUAUCCGUGUGCUUAGCUCCAGCGUGGGAACCAUCACCGCCAACGGGCGAUCAUCUAGCUCUGAUGUUUCUUUUUAUGUGAUCAACAAAUCGAAAAUUGCAGCAGCAGAUGAUAACUCUGUCUCUUCCGGUUCUUACUAUCUAGGUCGUCCAUGGAGUGAAUACGCCCGCGUUGUUUUUCAAUAUACCUCUAUGACGGAUGUUAUCAAUAGCGCAGGGUGGGAAGAAUGGUCUUCGAGCGAUCCACGCAUUUCGGAUGUUUAUUUUGAGGAGUAUGAUAACACCGGUGAGGGUGCGUCUGGUACGCGGGCUAGCUUUGCAAAGAAACUUACUUCUCCCAUUGAAAUCACAACUAUUUUGGGAAGUAAUUACAAAGACUGGGUUGACACCGAUUACCUUUCUUAA